AUCCGGCAGAGCGCACAGCGAGGAGGAGGAGAGAUACAGAGAACACCUCCAAAAACACGCAUCUAGGACGACUGAAGCUGCUGAUCUGCGCUCUGUUGUGUUCUUUUUAACCAUCAUUGUGUUACUUCUCUCCACAGUGAAACACACAGACGCCCAGAGGCAGAAAGGAGCUGGAAUGAGAAACAAAUAACGAACGCGCAGCUCAGCGCCCCAACUAUGGCUCCAACGACUCCCGUCGGAAAGCUCGCCCUGUCCGCCUCACAGGAGCCGGCUGCAGCGCAGGAUGAGAGGUCUGCUGUACUCAAGCGAGUGUGAGACCAGGAAGAAAUAUCACCUGACAGGCUGCCCUCCCCCUCGGGGCACAGAAACAGACACCCUCGCUCCACUCAGCCUGGAAAGUGGAGGCUGGAAACGGCUCAGCUCUGCCGUGCGUACAGUGCGCCUCCUUUCCAGAACUCUCCUCUCAGCGUUGUCUCCAGGAGAUCCACCACACGCCUGUCGUCUGUCAGAGCAACUUGGGGAAACUUUGCCACCCGGAUUACCGCCACUGAACCUGUCGGUGAUUGGUCUCCAUGCAGGGAGCGCAGUGAGCAUCGCGCGCUUUGCUGCAGGGACUGGAGCCUCGGUGAGAUAUUAAAAGUCCUGCAAAGUCUCUUAAAGUCCAGGAGCCGACACAGCGAAGAUGCCGGUCCGGAGGGGCCAUGUGGCUCCGCAGAACACCUUCCUGGACACCAUCAUCAGGAAGUUUGACAGUCAAAGUCGUAAGUUCGUCAUAGCUAAUGCAAGAGUGGAGAACUGCGCCAUCAUCUUCUGCAACGAUGGCUUCUGCAACAUGUGUGGUUACUCGCGGGCUGAGAUCAUGCAGAAGCCGUGCACAUGCAACUUUCUGUACGGACCUGACACCAAGCGACUGGCCAUCGCCCAGAUGGCCCAGGCCCUGCUGGGGUCGGAGGAGAGGAAAGUGGAGAUCAACCUCUACCGCAAAGACGGUCAGUGCUUCCUGUGUAUGGUGGAUGUGGUGCCAGUGAAGAACGAGGAUGGUGUGGUGAUCAUGUUCAUCCUCAACUUCGAGGUCAUGACAGAGGUUACACUUGAAGAUCACAAAGAGAGGCUCAACCACCGCCUGCCCACUUGGCUCGUCACCGGUCGUCCACGGGGCUUCAAGCUGCGUCUUCCACUGCUGCACUCCUUGUCUAAUAGUAAAGUGUCUCUGGACGACGCAGAGGCCGGUCACAUCCCCAUUGCUACACCUCUGCAUCCAGAGAACAGUCCCGAAGCCUUAGGCCUGGGAGAGUUCCUGCCUCUUCCUUCUGUACCAGCAGACCACCAGGAGCAUAUCAGUGGAAGCAGGUCGGCUCUUCAGAGUUGGCCCGAAGACCGCCGAGAGGACCAGCACACCUUACUGGGCUCUGACCCUCCUGUACCUCCACCCCAACCACCUCCCCCUCCUCACAGAAUACACCUAGUGGGUCCCCUCACCCAGUCGUCGCCCUGCGUAGCACCUCACCACCGCCUCAGCCUCAACCCAGACGGUUCGGGCUCCAACUGCACCUUGUCGCACAGCCGCUCGCGGGACAGCUUCCACAGCAUGCGUCGAGCCUCCUCCGUAGACGAGAUCGAGGCCAUGAGGCCCGACUGGGACCGGAAGAACCGGAGAGCAAGUAUCCGGCAGGGCAGCAGCAGCACAGGUGCAGUUAACAGUAAGUCCAACAUUUUAAACUCCACGUCGGACUCGGACCUCAUGCGGUACCGCACCAUAUCCAAGAUCCCACAGAUCACACUCAACUUUGUGGAUUUCAAACCUGACCCACUCAUUGCCCUGCCCACAGGGGAGAUGGACAUCAUAGCUCCCUGCAAACUCAUCGACAGAACGCACAAUGUCACGGAGAAAGUCACGCAGGUGCUGUCUCUGGGUGCAGAUGUGUUGCCAGAGUACAAGCUCCAGGCUCCUCGCAUCCACAAGUGGACGGUGUUGCACUACAGCCCCUUCAAGGCAGUAUGGGACUGGCUCAUCCUGCUGCUGGUCAUCUACACCGCCAUCCUGACGCCCUACUCAGCCGCGUUCCUCCUCAACGACCAGGAAGAGGUAGCCAUGCAGAGCUGUGGUUACUCCUGCUCCCCUCUCAAUGUGGUGGACCUCAUAGUGGAUAUCAUGUUCAUCAUUGACAUCCUCAUCAACUUCAGGACAACAUAUGUCAACACUAAUGAUGAGGUGGUGAGCCAUCCAGUGCGUAUCGCCGUCCACUACUUCAAAGGCUGGUUCCUCAUCGACAUGGUGGCUGCUAUCCCCUUUGACCUGCUCAUCUACCGCAAUGGAGAGGAGACCACCACUCUGAUUGGUCUGCUGAAAACAGCUCGUCUCCUGCGGUUGGUGAGAGUUGCCAGAAAGCUUGAUCGCUACUCGGAGUAUGGUGCAGCUGUCCUCUUCCUCCUCAUGUGCACCUUUGCCCUGAUCGCUCACUGGCUGGCCUGCAUCUGGUAUGCCAUUGGCAGCGUAGAGAGGAAUGGUUCCAUUGGUUGGCUGCACACGUUGGGGGACCAGUUGGGAAAACACUACAACGACUCCAUUCCAGGUUCAGGUCCCUCCAUCAAAGACAAGUAUGUCACCGCUCUGUACUUCACCUUCAGCAGUCUGACCAGUGUGGGCUUUGGCAACGUGUCACCAAACACCAACUCUGAGAAGAUCUUCUCCAUCUGUGUCAUGCUCAUAGGAUCCCUGAUGUACGCCAGCAUCUUUGGAAAUGUGUCAGCCAUCAUCCAGCGGCUGUACUCAGGGACGGCCCGUUACCACACCCAGAUGCUGAGAGUCCGAGAGUUCAUCCGCUUCCACCAGAUCCCCAACCCGCUCAGGCAGAGGCUGGAGGAGUACUUCCAGCACGCCUGGUCCUACACCAACGGCAUUGACAUGAACGCUGUGCUGAAAGGUUUCCCAGAGUGUCUCCAGGCAGAUAUCUGCCUCCAUCUGAACCGCACGUUGCUGCAGAACUGUAAGGCUUUCAAAGGCUCCACCAAAGGAUGCCUCAGGGCAUUGGCCAUGAAGUUCAAGACCACCCACGCGCCCCCGGGCGACACCCUGGUCCAUGCAGGGGACGUCCUCAACGCUCUCUACUUCAUUUCAAGAGGAUCCAUCGAGAUACUGAGAGGAGACGUGGUGGUGGCUAUCUUAGGGAAAAACGACAUCUUCGGCGAGCCCAUUAACCUAUACUCACGACCAGGUAAAUCCAAUGCUGAUGUGCGGGCUCUGACUUACUGUGACCUCCAUAAGAUCCUACGAGAAGAUGUUCUGGAGGUGCUCGACAUGUAUCCUGAGUUUGCAGACAACUUCUGGAACAACCUGGAAAUCACCUUCAACCUGAGAGAUACCAACAUGAUCCCAGGCUCUCCGAGCAGUGAUGACUCAAACUGCGGGGGAUUCAACAAAUUACGCAGACGCAAGUUAUCUUUCCGAAGACGAACAGAAAAAGAUGAUGCAGAUGCUGGAGAAAAAAAGUCCCACAAGUCUGUGCGGAGAAGACACAGAGAAGCAGCCAACAACCAAAAACAGGAAGAGGCACCGAAGCGUCAGUGGGAGGCUCAUCAGAGCUCCAUGUCUUCACACUCCAGUGGUGAUGAGGGGGAGGAGCCGGUUGUUGCCAGACUCGCCCCUCCACCCAUGCUGGAUACACCACACGCUCAGGCCCCGCCAAUGAACUUCAAUGAGAACACUGAGGGUGAUGGAGACCCCAAGACUGGGAACACCUGCAAUGCCCUGUCAGGUGCAUUCUCAGGUGUUUCCAACAUCUUUAGUUUCUGGGGGGAGAGCCGGGGGGCUGGUCAGUAUCAGGAGGUUCCCAGCUGCAGCCUGGUAUCGCCCCCGCCCCUCAACACACCACUGCACAGCCUGAGCCGACAGCAACGCAACCAGCUGGACACACGUCUGGACCUGCUGCAGAAACAGCUCAACAGGCUGGAGAGCCGCAUGUCGACGGACAUCGGAGCCAUCAUGCAGCUGCUGCAGAGACAGAUGGCCCUGGUUCCUCCUGCCUACAGCGCUGUCUCAUCACCACCUCAGGCCUCACCUUACCCUGGUCCUGGUCCAGGACCUGGCUCAGAAGAGAGACUGGUGCAGCCUGUCACACCUCUGGAGACAGACACGCUGGCCUCUUUAUCACAGAUCUUGGAUUCCCAAGACUUUGAAGAGUUCCCAACCAAGCCUAUCGACUCCCUGCAGCCCCAAGACUCUUCUCUGAUCAACACCAGCCAGGCCCAGCUCGCCCCCUCUGGACUGGACACCCUGGGCCAGAGUCUAGAGCUGGAGCUCGGACUGGGAACUGGAACUGGGGUUGUUUCAGGACCAGUGGUAGUAGGUACAGGUUUAGCAUUGGAUUUAGGGAGCAGGCCAGCAGUGGGGUCAAGCUUAGGAGCCGGGUUAGACUUCGGUUCAGGGGUGUGUGUGGGAGCUGGGGUCGGGCCAGCUACUGGAACAGGGGUAUCUCCUCUAGAUCCUGAAAACCAAAGGAGGCUGUCUCUACAAGAACCACAGACACCUCUGGACUCACGGACACCUCAGAGACACAGCUCUGACCCAGGGGGGAGCUAAGGAAGAGGGAAAGGGGGAGGGAAGUGGGAUGGAAGGAGUGAAACAGAGAGAGAGGAGAGUGUUUUAUUCUUCAGUCCCUCCUGUUCUCCUCAUGUCAAUUUGGAGAUUGACAGACACCUACUGUACCUACAACCCUUUAGGGAACCCUGCUGCUGUAUCCUUUCUGCUCAAAUUUCUGCUCUGACCUCUGAAGAAAGGACAACCAGCCCAGAGGGAGAGACGCCAGGUUAGGGAUCAAGGAAAAGGAUGAGUCCUCUCUCUGUCUCUCUCUUCCACAAACCUACCCCCUCCUCGUGAAACAUCUGGAGCUUUCUGAACUCCACAGCGGUACAACCUUUAACCAAAACCACAAACUGAGCAGAGAGGAGCUCUGCUUCUUAAUGAACACACUCCAGGUCCAACCCAGACUCACCAGGUCUGAACCUCUGAGCCAUGCGCUGAGGAUGACCGAUCUUCACACACACAUUAAUGACUGCUGAGCUGUAGAAGAAUCCCUUUACUGCUGUAUCCAGCUUUGGAUGACUGACAAGAACAAGAAAAGACAACAAUGGACAGAAUCAUGACGAAACAAGUAGCCAUUUACGUCUUGCACUGAAAAUACUAUUGAUACAAUUAUUCUAUUCUCUAUGUCCGUGGCGCUUCCGAAAAACUCACAAACUGGUUGGUAAACUGUAGUGUUAGCUGGCCUAACAGGAAACCUGCUGUCCCGUUCUGUUAUUGGUUCCUUUCCCCUGAUGUCCUGCCCUGAGAGGUGGAGCUUGCACUCCCCCCUUUCCCAAGAGCACACUGGAUUGGCUGGUUUGCACCUCAGGGGUGGGAACUGGAGGGUUAAAAGCCAUGAAUAUACUCGAUGAACAUAUCAGCUGCCCUAUCAUAAAUAUUGUACAGAUUUGCUAGUGAGUGAAGAACGGAUGGCAUGCUUAGGCAGUGUCACACACAGGUAAACUGGCAAACUUACAAGUUUACCACAAGAGCAGUGCACCCCAAAUAACUAAGCAUAAAUAUUCAAACUAGCAGGAGAACACAGCUAAGUAAGGAAGUCCAUGAGCUACGAGAUGUGACCUUAUAGAGAACCAGAGAAGUUGUGUUUGAAGUGAUGACGCCAGAAAGACUUUGAACCUUGCCUGCUUUGAAUUUUAAAACUCAAAGCACAUGUAAGUUUGAGAUUACAACAAGAAAAAAAAAAGUUGAGUGAUUCUAGUUGAGUUGAAUUUGCUACCUCAGAUUUCAUUAGUCCUUAUGUUGUUCACCUGGUCAAGCACCCAGAAUGCUUCUACCUUGUACAUACCGGUUUGUCAUGUGAUACAUAAAUACUCAAGUUUGCCAGUUUACAAUGACCAGCCGAAUGCACCAUUAUUCUAUGUAAGGUCCAAUAUGCAAACACUGUCAAGAAGAGUGUGUGCGCUUUCAAAUAAUCAUCAAGUGUGUGAUAAGUUCAGGUCCAAAGCUUUUUAUGUGUGUGUGUUUGUCCUCGUUUUCAUUUGUUUUGCCUUUCAGUCCGCAGAGCAUGGCAUUUAGUUAGUUUGCUCCCACACAUUGUCGAGGUCCACUGGAUUCUGAUGUUCAAGACAAAUUUCCUUUAUUCACCCUAAACAGAUUUUUACUGAUGUUUUAACAAGAAAAAAAAAGAUUUGAGUGUUUGAGUUUUUAGUCUAGACAGCACAAAUAAAACCCUUUACGAUGUAGGCUUUGAAAUACCCUUGAGGCCACUCCAGAGAAAAAAAAACUAUUUUAAUUCAAUGUGUUGAAAUGAAACUUCCCUGUACCAUUAUCUCUACAUGAAACAACCCCCUGGGAUUUAUUAUGAACUGAUGUAUAGAUUUUAAAUGGCAGUGAUGAAGGUGAACACAGUGUAGUCAUGCCACUGUAGUGAUGGUGUAAGGGUGGAGUCCAGAUAGCUCAGGGCAGAAAGAGAUGUAUGAAAUAAUAAGAGCAGGUGCAAUGAUCCCCCUUACAGUAAAUCUUUAUUGAAAUCCUUUUUGAGGUGUUUUUCUGCACUACUGUCAGAUUUUAGUCAGGAGUUGCCAGCAUACGGAUAAGGGAAAAUAAAAACUACAACAUAAAAGCGUCUUCCUUGAUACAAAGUUAAACGGACAGCCCCUUUUCUUGGACCCCACGCACUAAGACUCAUCCCAGAGGAGGGAAACCCUGUUGUAGUGCAAUAGUCCUUUAAACAGUUCCGACUUGUAGCAGCCUCUGUUCAUUUUUAGCACUUUAUUUCUUAAACAGUGCAGAUGUUUAUAAUGACUCAGGAAUGUGUCGUUGAUGUUAGAGGGUUCAUUUUCUUUGUCUCACAAUUCAAAAGCAACCAAUCGGAGUGAAGGAAGAAAAGGAGGAAACAUUGAAGGAACUUUAACAGAGUAACAUUAUUUACACUCUGUCCAGAUUCCCCUUUAACACAGACUUAUGAAGAUUGUAUUUUUCUGCUUGCUGGACUAAGCUACUGUAUUUAUUUAUUGCUGUAGAAUUAUAGUGUUUGUCUGUGGAUUUUAUUAUUUGUGUUGGGUUAAUGCUCCGCUCAUUGGGCGGAGCAAGUGAAGGCUUUGAGUGUUAACAUGUUUCUAAUGUCAAUGUGCUUUUUUUUUGUUCAUAACCCUGCUGCACACUCAUUCAACCCUUCUCAAUAUUUAUUCACUAUUUAAGGGUAGAGGUGCAAGAGGAGCUGCAAGAACUACACUCCCUAACUUUAAAAUGAGUAAUAAUUCAAACGUUUGAUUCUUAAAGUUGCUGAAAGCCACCAUAAAUACACAAAGUGUGUGUGGCCUAUGUCACCAGUUUUCUCCGUCAGGUUGGGUUACAAACUGAAGUAAGAAGUGUCUGCAGAUUUAGCUUUACUCUCACUAAUGUUCACUGGUGAGGUUUUAAACUCACAUGUAAUUCAGCUCUCUAAGUCAAAAUAUGAGAGUUGCUGAUGGUUGACUUCAUGAUUUGCAAAUGCAGCUGGAUUUUGUGUGAUUUUAAAGUUCAACCUAAUAUAUUGUACAGUGUUUUUUUGGGGGCGUGAUCAGGUUGAGUGUUUCAGGCAUUAGGGGGAAAACAUUGUGAAAAGGAAGUUAAUGAAAUGUAAAGUUCCACAUUCAGCAAUAGUACAAAACAUGAAAAAAUAAACCUUGAGGAUUAAGUCGAACAAUGCAAUAUUUAAAGUUUGACUUUACUCUGGACAGUUCACUGCAAAAAAAUAAAUCUUAGCGAGUUUAUUUCUCAAAUAUCUAGUCUAAAUAUGUCACUUUGUUUCAGUCGCAUUCACUUGACAAGUCAAAAAAUAAUGUUAUUUCUGGUUGUUUCAAACCAAAAAUCAAGCCUGAAUUGCUUCAAAGGAAGCAAAACUAUCUAGCUAAGUUUUUGUAAUAUGUAAUAGUAGUUUGGCCAUUACAAUCAAUUCUUAAACCCACAACUUAUUCUAAUAGAAUGACAGGGUCCUCAACAUUUAAAAGUUUUUCUUUGAAGAAGUGCUAUCAUGCUUUUUCAAUUUUAAAAUAAAUAUUAAGUUAAAAUGUUGGGUGUCAAUUCUUAAUAUGGACAAAGUUUCAAACUGCGAAGUAAACAUGUGCUGAAGUCCUUCCAAGAUGAGACUGCAGGCUGCUCUGAUCAGCUUGUUCAAAAAGUCACAGGAGAAUGAUGCAACCGGGCCACAAGGCUUGCUCAAUUCCUGACGUCAUCAGCUGGUGAAUCGCCCGAGAAGUUAAUCUUAAACUUACUAUACUGAAAAUUCCAGCCAUGCAACAGUGGAGGAGGCUUCCAGAGAGCUGUCCAUUUGUAGAACAGUGAGGGAAGGUAAUCAAAAUCUUCCUUUUCACAAUUAUAUUUUUCUAACGCCUGGUACUAAGCCUCGGCCUUUCCACAGGACUGCAACACUUGAAGUUAAUUGUUAAAUGUGUGGGUGAUUUGUUCACGUUAAAAACAGAUUCCUGCCACUCUAACAUGAAUGCUGAUUGAACACGUUACAGCUUGGUACAAAGACACUUGAAUCUCUUUGUGAGUGAAACAUCACAGCUGUGAAAAGCAAGACAAAGCUGACACUUUGUCACCAAAUCUACUGAGUUCUUCUCACUACUGAUCCUCGUCUGCUUGUUGUUGUGUUUUAUUUGGUUUGCUGACAUAGCCAUCAGCUAUUGGUAUAGUUUUCACCAGCAGUUCCUGCCUCUAGUCACAAUUAAUACAACCGAACCCAAUGAUGACCACAAACACCCUGUGAAUCUGGAGUUCAAUGAAGAUUUAUUUCUAUUAUUUUUUUCUACAGUGCAGUGCUGAGGUAUUUAUUCUCAUAAGUGGGCUCUCCUCGUCAUCUCACCCUCUGUAGCGAGAGUGUUGUUAGUGUUCAAUAACAGUCACCUAGUGGCCUGAACUGUAUCUUUACAUUCAGAACUAUGACCUCAAAACUAGAAUGUGCUCGUUGUCGACUCUUCUUAUUUGACCUUGUACGUGUCGGUAGAACUUAGUGGAAUAUUCCAUGCUAGAGAAUACAUUUAUGUAAUGCAUACUGCAUAUUAUUAUAACAGUAGAGGGUGCACUUUGAAAAAUAUCUUUGUGGGUGGGGAGUGGGGAAUUUAAGGUUAGAGUGUUUCCCCUUCUUUUCAUAUGAACACACAGAUACAGACAUAGACACUUUGCUUACAACCACACCUGCACACACAUACACACACCUACACACACCUUCCUUAAUGGCUCUUCCAUAAUGCUGAGCUUUUUUCAGCUCUGUACAACUUUCUAUGAGUUCUGACAGACUUGUGUCUUGUAUUUGUAGAUACUUUGAGCACUUGGGGAAGGGGUUUGGUAACACAACACUGGAUCUGCUCCGUCACUGGCCUGUACAUACCAACUUCUACUACUUGUAAAGGAAUCGAACUCUUUGGCACUCGUAUAGCCAGCACUAUGCAGAAACUGAAAAAUUUCUUUGGCAUGCUUUGAAAUGCAGAAAACUAUAGAGGAAAAUAUACUAAAUAAAUAAAGUCUGCUCUAAUUUCUUAUUGAAACAAUCACCUUAUGGAAAAAAAAUGGCUAAGAUGUCCACUGUGAAAUGGAUAUGAUGAUGAUGAUGAUGAUGAGAGUGAUUCAAUGUGAUUUGGAUGAUGAAGCUACGGACUUUUAAUAUUGUGCACAUUUUUACUUGCAUGCUGCACUGAAAAUCAUCCAGCAAUGAGAGGGUUUGACGUGCAAAGCAGCUGAUUUUUGCUGUAUGCUUGCAAACUGUGUGUAGAGUGAAACACUGAAUUCUUCCAGGUUACGGGAGAGUCAUAUUUAUAUAUACAUAUAUAUACAUUCUACUUCCAGGUCAUGGAAGAGAGAGGUACUGAAUAGCUGCAAACAUAGUGAUCCUAGAUGAUACAAUAUUUUAUUGUAUAUUUGUAUCUUUGGCUGCAAACCACUGUAACAUAGUAAUGCAUGUGUGGCAGUCCUGGGCACAAAUGUUUCCCAAAUAUCAACGAGCACUUGAUUUACCUUACGUGGGUUGUGUUUCUACCACUGCCUGGAAAAUUAAAUCAAGUGCACCUAAGAAAUUACAAAUCCUGCUUUUGCCCUGCUGCUAUUGGCAACAGUCUGAAAAAUGACUAUUUUCAACCCACCUGAGUGCAGUUUUUGGACAAACUCUUUCUUUUCAGUGAUGAAAAGUAGUGUGUUGUGAAUAAAAAACACUCAGAAGUGGUUUUGAUAAUGGCUUAUCUAUUUAAACUACGGCAGUCCCUGGAAUACUGAGUGAGCCAUAGAUUUAUAACACUGGGCUGGCCGAAGGAUUGCUUCUCAAGGUUCAUAAUACAUCAUUCAUAUCAAAUGUUGAAGAGAAUUGGAGGGUCAAUGGUAAAGCUCCAGGUUCUGAUUGUGUGAUAGCAUUAUCAAUGGUUGAACUUUAUAAAAUUUCAAAAUAUUUCUUUCAAUAAACCUCUUUGAAAGCUAAA